CGCUUUCCCCGCGGGAGCCCCCGCCGCCCGCCAAAAUUUUCAUUGCCUAAAAAUACGCUGGGAAAAUCUUAAAGAAUGUUGAGGAAACAGAGAAUCCCCAAUCAGAAAUGGGCUUCGCCGACGAAGAAGGCGACGACGACGAAAUCGAUCGGAUCUCCUCUAACUCGGACGAAUCCAACGACGACGGCGACGGCGAUUACAACGGCGAAGAGGUCGAUGACGGAUCCCUUAAGUCACAGUCGUCCGAUGAGGACAGGAAGUCUCAGAACGUCGAUGCGCUAGUCAGAGGAAACCUUGUAGUAAAGAGGCAGCCUCUUAUUCCUCGAGUUCUCACAGUUGGUGAUGGGGCAUUAGUGGCUAGAAAACCCUUUAAGCCUCCCUGUUCAAACGGAUAUAAAGAUUGUAAGGAGCUGACUCGUCGGCUCUGGACACGGAAAAGAUUUGUCCCAUGGGGUUCUUCAAGGCCUGCAUUAGUCGCUAUAAAUAAUCUCUUAACUAUUUCAUCUGCUUCUGAGAAUGGUGCCUCAGAAACAGAUCAGAGUUUGCCACCUGGUAUUGAGCCUUUGAUUCUUUGGCAACAUGAUGGUUCAGAUGAGGGAGCUGACCAUCUUACCCAGAUUGAGGUAGACCGGUUGCUUGUUCAGUAUCUUCGACCUCAUCAAAGGGAAGGCGUUCAGUUUAUGUUCGAUUGUGUUUCGGGGUUGUCUAGCGCUGAUGGUAUUUCGGGAUGCAUUCUGGCAGAUGAUAUGGGACUGGGUAAGACUCUCCAAUCAAUUACAUUGCUUUAUACUCUUCUUCAUCAGGGCUUUGAUGGGAAACCUAUGGUUAAAAGGGCUUUGAUUGUUACUCCUACUAGCCUUGUCAGCAACUGGGAGUCUGAGAUUAAUAAGUGGGUUGUAGGAAGAGUUAAGCUACUUUCUCUAUGUGAGAGCACACGAGCAGAUGUUAUCUCUGGAAUUGACAGUUUCUUGAGACCUUGCAGUCUUCUUCAGGUUCUUAUCAUAUCAUACGAAACGUUUCGCAUGCAUUCGUCAAAGUUUGAGAAGAAUGGAUGCUGUGAUCUCCUGAUAUGUGAUGAGGCUCACAGGCUGAAAAAUGAUCAGACGCUGACAAAUAGGGCACUGGCUACUCUUCCUUGUAAUCGACGCAUAUUGUUAUCAGGAACCCCUAUGCAGAAUGACCUCGAGGAAUUCUUUGCUAUGGUUAAUUUCACGAAUCCUGGAGUUUUGGGUGAUGCAACAUACUUUCGUCGAUAUUAUGAAAAUCCAAUUAUUUGUGGAAGAGAGCCAACAGCAACAAUAGAAGAAAGAAAGCUUGGUACUGAGAGGUCAGCAGAGCUAAGUGCGAAAGUUAAUCAGUUUAUACUGAGGAGGACAAAUGCUUUGUUAUCGAAUCACUUACCACCAAAGAUUGUGCAAGUUGUCUGUUGCAAGUUGACUCCUCUGCAACUUGACUUGUAUAACCAUUUCAUACAAUCAAAAAAUGUUAGGCGGGCAAUUAUUGAGGAUGUUAAGCAAUCCAAAAUUUUGGCAUGUAUUACUGCUCUUAAAAAGCUCUGUAAUCAUCCAAAGCUCAUUUAUGACACUAUCAAAAGUGGAAGUUCAGGAACCUCUGGUUUUGAAAAUUGCGUGCAUCUUUUCCCUUCAGAACUAUUUUCUGGAAGAUCUGGGGCAUGGACUGGUGGAGGUGGAAUUUGGGUAGAACUAUCGGGGAAAAUGCAUGUCUUAGCUCGAUUGCUGAGUCAUCUUCGACAGAAAACAGAUGACCGAAUUGUUCUUGUAUCAAAUUAUACUCAGACCCUUGACCUUUUUGCUCAACUCUGUCGAGAGAGAAGAUAUCCAUUUGUAAGACUUGAUGGUACGACAUCUAUUGGGAAAAGGCAAAAGCUUGUCAACCGUUUCAAUGACCCGUCUAAGGAUGAGUUUGUAUUUCUUCUUAGUAGCAAGGCAGGGGGUUGCGGGCUUAAUUUAAUUGGAGGAAAUCGCUUGGUUCUCUUUGAUCCUGAUUGGAAUCCUGCCAAUGACAAACAGGCAGCAGCAAGAGUCUGGAGGGAUGGUCAGAAAAAACGAGUAUAUAUCUAUAGGUUUCUAAGCACAGGAACUAUUGAAGAAAAGGUCUACCAGCGGCAAAUGUCGAAAGAAGGGCUCCAGAAAGUUAUUCAGAAGGAGCAAGUGGAUAGUGAUAUGGUAGCUGAAAAUUUCCUAUCAACUGAGGAUUUGCGAGAUCUGUUUACAAUUCAUGAAAGUGUAAGGUCAGAGAUUCAUGAGAAUAUGAAUUGCACUCGAUGCCAAACAACUGAUCGGAUAUUAGAGAAUGCUAGUGGGAACAUGAUGGAGGUUUCUGAUGGUCAAGAUUCUACAACUGGAGAUUGCGCUUGCAGUCAAAUAGCUGAUGAUAUUGGUGGAUUUGCUGACAUUGCUGGAUGCUUGAACAGAUUAAAAAGCUCUGAGAAACAAAUUGGAACUCCACUUGAAGAAGACCUUAGAAGCUGGGGUCAUCAUUUUAGCUCAAGUACAAUUCCUGAUGCAAUACUGCAGGCUUCUGCUGGUGAUGAGGUCACGUUUGUUUUUACAAAUCAAGUGGAUGGGAAACUUAAACCAGUUGAAUCUGCAGUAAGAUCAACAAAUCAGCCCUUGACGGGACAAAGCCACCCCAUAAACGAAAGCAAGAAAAUUCCUUGUAAUAAAAGUUCUUCAGAAUCAAGUCAAAAUUUUAGGAUUGUGCCGACUUUUGAGAGGAGGUCAACUAAGCUUUUAAGAACUUCGCCAUUUGGUCUACAACGAAAGUCGAAUGUGCUCUCCAAUAGUAAAGGUUCAACCCAAAAACAAGCACAUGCUUCUGAUAAUGCAACAGAUGAUGAUUUUGUGUGAAUAGUCUCGGAAAUUGUAGUCAAGGAAAUUUUGUUCAUAGUUGAAGAAAUUUCAUUCAGAGGUUUAAAGGGAUUGUUGAAGUGCUUCCCUUUUGCCUGUCAUAUAUGUGGCUCCAACUUGAAUAAGUAGGCAUGGAUCACCCUGCAUAAAAGAGAUGGAGAAAGCAUUUUAAUCCACCCAAAGUGUUGCCUAGCAGAGAAACUGAAGUGAAACUAGAUUGAGUAAGAUUUAUUUCCUUUCAUAUACAAGACAAUUUAAUAAAUUUUGAGGUUGGUUGUAAACAGUCUCACCUUCCCAUUAAGAAUUUCAGAAAAGAAAUGGGAGGGAAAGACUUCUCGUUGCAGAGACCCUGUACACAAAAUAUUGUAACUUUUUUUUUUCCUGCUUUCUAUCUCAGGCUGAAAAACCUGCAAUUAUAAAUAUUUACUCAAGGACUAUUUUCACUCCCUA